AUGAGUUUCCUUAAAGAAUUACAGCAAAAACGGAACAAACUUAAGGCUUGUGAAACCAUUAUCACCACUGCAACGGGAGAACGUUUUAUUGAAAAUUCUUCAACCCAUGAAAUUGAAAAAACAAAUUCUACUUCUACCUAUGGUUUUGUAGUGGAUACAAAACCCGACUUUAAACCAGCACAAAUUUUAAACAACUUUCUUUAUUUGGGUUCUCAGGAUGCUGUAACUAUAGAAAACAUUAUGCUAUAUAAAUUAACACACAUUUUAAGUAUUGGCAUUGAGUGUCCUAAUAUACAGGAUUUACCCUCAACUUUAGCAUUGCUCUAUGUACCCUGCUUGGAUUUACCAGAGACCUCUUUAAAGCAGGAAGGCAUUUUAACAAAAUCAUUUGAUUUCAUUGAAACGGCUCGUUUAAGUAAGGGUCGAGUUUUGGUUCAUUGUAAUGCUGGGGUUUCUAGAUCUGCCAGUAUAGUCAUUGCUUAUCUAAUGCAAUUUCACGAAAUGGACUUCGAAACAGCCUAUAAACAAGUUAAAACCCAAAGAGAGUGUAUACAGCCUAAUGCCGGAUUUUUGAAAGAACUAAAGGAAUUUAGAAAUUAAGUUUAAUUAUAAAUGUAUGUAAAUUUUAGUUAUUAAGAUGUUUUAAUAAAUAAACUAACGACUUUUU